AUGCCACCAAGGCUCUCAUUACAACCGCUUUCGCGGCAAUUGAAGCCUUGCAGCCUCCAGCAGAGGGCCCCGAUCUCUUCGACGGCCAGAAAUGGAACGCUGAAGUACACCAAUGCGACCAAGUCGCUCAUAGAAAUGGACGAUGGCAGCAGCAGCAGCAGCGGUUCCGACCCCAGCGGCGACAACGCGUUCAACCAAUCCUCUCCUGACUCGCCGCACACGCUCUCGCCCCACGAAGCCCUCACCAACCUGAUGAGCUCGGCGCACGCGUACGACAGGCUCACAAUAAAGAGCGAAAACACUACGCAGAGGGCUAAGGAGAACCUCAACCGCGAGAACCUGGCGCGGCAGUCGACGCGAAACUGGAAGCCGGGCGACAUCUACGCGCCGCAUGACCUGUCACCGCAGGAGAUGGUCAAGUGGAAGCAGCCCAAACAACCGAGCAAGGACAUCAUCGAUAUGCUUGGGUUGAACCCUCUGGAUCACUACAGGAAUUUCUCGAUCAUGGCAGAGUUCAUGACAUCAAUGGGCCGCAUCAAGCACUCGAAGGAGACGGGACUACGACCGGUCAAUCAGAGGAAGAUGGCUAAGGCCAUCAGGAGGUCGAUUGGAAUGGGACUCCACCCCAGCACCCACGUCCACCCGAUGAUCCUCUUCCACCAGGAUCACCUGAAGAAGAAUGCUCCAAGAUACCAGAACACAAAGAUACCUGACCCCGACAGGCAGAAGAUCAAGCCAACAUAG